AUGGAACUUCGCGAGCGUGCGGAGCGGCUGAUGCGGCCGCAAGUCCCUACUGUCAUUCCGCCCGUGACCCCGAGCACACGUAGUUUGCGCCAAACGGAGCGGCGGCUGGCAAAUCACAGCUGGUUGCGUGGGGCGAUGUGCUUCCUGGCAGUCAUAUGCUACGGCCUCUCGCUCUUCGACGCGACAGUGGUGACGCACUCUUUCAUCCUCGUCCUUUCACUAGCGGGGGAGGCGGCCAUUGUCGGGAUUUACCGCAUCAAGGCGCGCACGCACGGCAUCACCAGCAAGGCGGGCGCGAGUCCCGAGGUGAGUGUCUUCCACUCGCCCUUGCUGGGCAAGAUGCUGCUGGAGAUGCUGGUGUGGAUCAUUCAGUGUCCGCCGCUCCCCAGCAGCGCGUGCAAUGGAUGGGUGGCGGGGCUUGACGGUAUGCUGGUUCUCCGCCUCUACGUACUGAUGCUGUAUGCGACGCAUUUCUCGCAUGCGUCGGUGUUUGGGCGCGCCAUUGCAAGUGUUCUGCGCAUUCGCGUCGGCCACCGCUUCCUGGUCCGCACGACGUUCCUGAUGGAACACCUGGUUGCCACCGUUUCCGCUAUCGCUCUUGGGCUGGUGAUCCUCGCUUGCUACUACGCCAAGGUGGAGGGAACAAGCUUUGGGGAUGCGCUGUACUUCUGCAUCGGCACCGCAUCUCUUGUAGGUCUCGGUGAUGUGACGCCCACGACAUUCUCCGGGCGCGCGACGGCUGUCUGUGCGAUGCUGUUCGGUGUGGCGGUGCUGUGCUGGAUAGUAGGCUGCAUGCACGAGGCGCUCUCGCUGAACGGGGCGGAGCGCAACCUCUACGCCCUCUUCCGCAGCAACGAGCUGUGCGACCAACUGCCAGCGCAGGCGGCGCGGCUCAUUCAACGCGCGUGGAAGCUGCACAUUGCGAAGCGACGGCAGCACAAUGUUGUCUCACGCCACAUCGCCGCGUUUCUGCUCUCGCAGGAGGCCCUUGCGUUUCGGGAGAUGCGGAGAGAGCUGUCGUUGUUCGAGGAGGCAUUUCUGCGCUCUACGCGCACCCUAGAGGAUUAUAUCUCCACCAUGCCCAUGCGCAGCUCUUCCGCGACGACGCCUCAGACGUCUUCUAACGUGUCGCCUCUCGGCACACCGCGUAGUCGACGGCCGUUCCCGCUAUUUCAAGAGAUGCGCGUCAAGGCCGAGAGGCGCUCGCCGACGCCACACUCAUCCGGAGAACUGCAGCAGCAGCGAGAAGUAAAGAAAGGUGCCGAUGCGCUGGGGAGAGGGGUGGGAAAGAGCCCCGCCGGAUUGGCACCGUUGAUGGUGCCCCGAUCGCCUGUGUUGCCGCGGGGUGCGGCGUCGCGGUUGGGGCAGGGGAAGGGCGCAGCGAAUGCAGCCGAACUGGAGCAGCGGCUUUCUAAGUUGAAGGAUGCAUUAGAGGUGUUGGUCGCCAACGCCGAGCGGUUGCAUGGCCGGCUUGGCAGUAGUCAUGGCGUCUCCGUGUAG